AUGGGUGGCAAGAGAUCUGCUGUGAAUUUCUUUCUGGGGUUUUUAAUAAUCUGUACAACUCGGAUUUCUCAAGCAGACACCAACCCUGCUGACGUUGCUGCAAUUAAUAAUUUAUAUGUUGCACUCGGAUCCCAUCCUCUCCCUGGAUGGGUUGCUGUUGGUGGAGACCCAUGUGCUGAAGCUUGGCAAGGUGUCCAGUGUGAUGGUACAGACAUAAAUUCAAUAACUCUUAAUGGUGCGAAUUUGGGAGGAGAAUUGGGGGAGAACUUAAUAUCAUUUUCUUCUAUCAGAUCAAUAGAUUUGAGCAACAACCAUAUUGGGGGCAAUAUUCCAUCCAACCUUCCCGUCACUUUGCAGAAUUUUUUUCUUUCAGAUAACAAUUUCAGUGGGAGUAUUCCAAGUUCUUUGUCUUCUCUGAAUCAACUCUCAGCUAUGUCCCUGAACAACAACUACUUAACUGGAGAGAUACCCGAUUCCUUUCAAGGCCUUACGAUUUUGGUCAAUCUGGAUUUGUCCAAUAACAAUUUGAGUGGGCCACUGCCACCGUCGCUGCAAAAUUUGUCAUCUCUGACCACCUUCCAUGUGCAGGACAAUCAGCUUUCUGGGACGCUUGAUGUGUUACAAGAUCUUCCCAUCAGAGAUUUGAACAUAGAGAACAACCAGUUCUCUGGACCUAUUCCUCAGCAGCUGUUGAACAUUCCCAAUUUCAAAAAAGAUGGGAAUCCAUUCAAUACUAGUAAUGCUCCAUCCGCUCCACCCACAUCUCCGGCAAUGCUACCACCACCACGCCGAGCACCACCUUUUUUUGGGGCACCUUCUGAACAAACACCAACAAAACCAGCUGAUGCACCAUCUUCAACGGAGGAAUCAAAUUCUAGAAGAACAAAAAAGUCUUCAGCUACCAAAAGGAUAGUGUGGAUAUCAAUUGCUGCGGUGUUGUCAUUUGUAAUUUUGGUAUUAGGGCUCUUGCUUUUCAUGCCAAGGUGUUGCAGAGAAAGGCAAGGCACUGACCGAUUUUCCAAGCGGCAUGAAAUAGCUCCAUAUAUAGGCGGCAGGGAGAAUCCGUUAGAUAAUGAAUCCGUGGUCCAACCCAGCAAUCAAAUAGUGAAAGUCCCAGAAGUGGCAAAGAAACCAAAGGAAGAGCAUCAAAUGCGGCCUAGAGAAAUGGCUUCAAUUCCAAAGCCGUGGAACGAGCAAGAUCUUGAUGUACAAAGGAUGAAGGCUAUACCAAAGCACAAGGAUCGGGAGAAAGAUAUCACUCCAACUGCGAGCCCUUCCACCAAACCUCACGUUCCUCUAACCUCUGUGAAGUCUUACACAAUUGCAUCUCUUCAGCAAUAUACCAAUAGCUUUUCUCAAGAAAAUCUAAUUGGAGCAGGAAUGCUGGGAAGUGUUUAUAGGGCACAGCUUCCUAAUGGAAAGUUCCUUGCGGUCAAGAAACUGGAUAAAAGAGCUUCUAGUCAACAGAAGGACAAUGAGUUUCUUCAGCUGGUAGACAAUAUCGAUAAAAUUCGUCAUGCUAAUGUUGUCGAGCUCAUGGGUUAUUGCGCAGAGCAUGGUCAAAGGCUUCUGAUCUAUGAGUAUUGCACCAAUGGGACACUGCAGGAUGCACUGCACUCAGAUGAUGAAUUUAAGAAGAAUCUUUCAUGGAAUACACGCGUCAGGAUGGCACUUGGUGCUGCAAGGGCAUUAGAGUAA